CCCACAAGGCCACAAACCAUUACACGCUUUUCUAGGCCUCAUCUCCUACUGUCGGUCAUGGAUUCCUGAAGCUUCUCUCCUCAUGCAGCCUCUGUAUGAUGCAUUGACCUCCGACCCUUUUACGUUGACUCCGGCGGCGGAAGAAAGCUUCCAUACGCUCAAGUCUGUUCUGUCUACGGCUCCUGCGCUGGGCCUCCCGGACUAUGAAAAACCUUUUAAACUGUUUGUCUCCGAACGUCAAGGGCAUGCCCUCGGAGUACUGGCCCAAUCAUACGGUCAACGUAUCCGGCCUAUUGGAUAUUUCUCCGGACAACUCGACAAUGUGGCAAAGGGCAGCCCUUCAUACAUGCGUGCAGUAUACGCCGCUCAACUUUUACUGGACAAGACUGCAGACUUAAUUUUGGUACAUGAUUGUACCCUUCUAGCACCUCAUGACAUCACCGCUAUAUUGAACCAAACUCAACCAAAACAUAUGUCUGCUGCCAGACAUCUGCGAUUACAAUGUGCUAUUCUUCUUCCAGACAAUGUCACUUUACAGCGGUGCACCAUUCUGAACCCAUCGACACUUUUACCAAUACCCAGCCCGGGGGGGGUUGAGGAACACACCGUGGACACCCACGACUGUUUCGAACUGAUGCAACAAGAAACUGCUCACCUCCCUACCGUUAGUGCCACCGCCUUGGACAACCCGGACAUCACAUUAUUUGUGGACGGCUCACGGUUCUCAGAUGAUUCUGGGAAGUUUCAUACUGGAUAUGCCGUCACCACCACUGACUCUGUCCUUGAAGCACGACCUCUUCCAGCCUCGUGUUCAGCUCAGGAAGCGGAACUAAAAGCCCUAACAGCCGCGUGUAAACUUGCCGCAGGGAAAACAGCAAAUAUUUUCUCUGAUUCCAGAUAUGCUCAGGGCGUGGCUUUAGACUUCGGGACUAUUUGGAAGAUUAGGGGGUUCUUAACUGCAACAGGGUCGCCCAUCAAGAAUAGCCAAUCCGUCGCUGAUCUUAUGGACGCAUUGACUCUCCCUAAACAAGUUGCACUGUUGAAAGUAAAAGCUCACGGCAGGCUCACUUCACCCGAGGCUAUUGGAAACCAUCUAGCUGAUACAACUGCUAAGGAAAUUGCUGUCACCCCUUUGGCCGACCCACCGGCUAUUGCUAUGUCCGCACCUUUACUUCAAGUCACAUUCUUGGACAGUAUUGACAAACUCAAACUCUGCCAAACUUCGGCCCCCACUGACGAGAUCAACGGCUGGCUCAGCAAAGACGCGACUUUCAAGGACGGCUUAUAUUCCUGCAACAAGAAACCAUGCAUUCCCAGAAACCUUUAUCCAUCUCUAGUUCAAUGGGCUCAUGGCCCUACACAUGUUUCUAAGAAUCUGAUGAAUAACCUGAUCUCUAAACUUUAUUUUGCUCCAGGAAUCACUUCCCUCACCCGGAAUUACACCGCAGCCUGCGCCAUCUGUGCCAAGUGUAACCCAGGACGUCUGGAAAAACCCCCUGUUUUGCAUCUAGCUAAACCCCAGUAUCCUUUUCAGCGCAUACAAAUAGAUCAUAUACAGAUGCCCAGAUGCGGGAGAUUCGAUUAUGUCUUAGUCAUCGUCGAUAUGUUCUCAGGGUGGCCAGAAGCUCUCCCGGUGGCUAAUAUGACUGCAAAAACCACCGCAAAAAAAAAUUACUCUCUGAGAUUGUUUGCCGAUAUGGGGUUCCUGAAGUGA